UCAAAAACCUAUAUCCCGCAGACUAACAAGUGUGCCGCUUCACAGAAGGAAAACAUCUGCGCGCUGAAUGACUCAGUUCCCACGAUUCCGCCUCAAAAUGUUAAAGAGGUGAACAAGACGAUAACCAGUCUUUUCAUCACGUGGGAUGUUGUACCAACCAAUCAGAAUCUCGAACUGAUCCCAAAAUAUAAAGUGAUUUACUCCUUAAAGUCCAGUAAGAAUGACAUUCAUGGGAGUGAGGUUACAGCUUCCACGGUUUAUAUCAACCUUACAGGGUUAAAAAUACACAGAAAGUACAACAUAACAGUGUUAGCAUUCAAUCAAUGUGGGGAUGGUCCUUCCAGCCCGAUGCUUUCAGUAAUAACAGACGAAGACAGACCCAAAGCAGCACCCCAAAAUUUAUCAGCUGAGAGAAAGAACUCAACAAGCAUAUUGGUCAGUUGGGAUAGAGUACCAAAUGGUAAACGAGAUGGGACAAUCAUAAGUUACAGGGUGAAUUAUACCCGAUCAAAGCCGGGAGCGAGAACAAUGAGUGAAAAAGUAGACAAAGCAAAGCGGUUACUCUUGUUGACAAACUUAGAGACGGAUCCAGAAUACACAAUAACAGUGUCGGCGUCAACUAGCAAAGGGUACGGACCGGCCAGUAAACCUGUUAGGGUGAAACUGGAUAUGUUAAGUAACACUUAGUUUCAAUUCCAGAAUCAGUGUACCUUUGGAGAUAUUUAAAAGAUGAUUUCAUAUAUAAACCCUACAGCCAAAAGUUUCUUAGAUAAAGCAUCGAUUGCUGAGUUUACAUUUAAUUUCGUAUCACAAACAUUAAAUUAAAGGAGACUGAUGUCUCAAUUUAAGCUAUAGAACUUUAAAGUGGUAAUGUUUUAAUAAACUUGAGAUAUUAAAGUU